UAUCAGCCCCAGAAUCCGAGACGCCACUUUCAUUUCCUUCGAGCUGAACACGUGUCAAGAGUAUUUGGAAACUGCUACACAGCACAACAGCGAAUAUCACCUGUAUUCUUUUUCUGUCUAGCCUGAAAGUAUAUCUACAGUGAACAACAGCCAUGUCAUCUAUUUUACUCAACUGUAUGGGGACUGUCACUGACCAUUCUGAAUAUAGCGAACCGGAGGUCCCUUUCAAGAACCCACAGAUCCAUGUUAAAAACCCCCACUUGGAUACAAUGGAAGAGGACAUUCUCUACCACUUCAACCUGGGGACCAAGACCCACAACCUACCUGAGAUGUUCGGAGACGUCAAGUUUGUGUGCGUCGGCGGGAGUGCCAAUCGGAUGAAGUCCUUUGCUCAGUUCAUUCACCAGGAGCUGGCCUUGCCCGGAAACAUGGAUAAUGUCACAGAUAUCUGUGAAGGAACCGACCGCUACUCCAUGUACAAAGUGGGACCCGUACUUUCUAUCAGUCAUGGUAUGGGCGUCCCCUCCAUCUCCAUCAUGCUCCAUGAGCUCAUCAAACUGCUGCAUCAUGCCCGCUGCAUCGACUUCAUCCUCUUCCGCAUCGGCACCUCCGGUGGAGUCGGUCUGGAACCAGGAACAGUAGUGGUCACAGACAAGGCGGUGGACUGCUUCUUCCGCGCCCAGUUUGAGCAGGUGGUUCUAGGUAAGGUGGUCACCAGGAGCACAGAGCUGGAUGUGGGCGUAUCCAAGGAGCUGCUGCAGUGCUCGUCCGAGUUAGACGACGUGCCAACCGUCAUCGGAAACACCAUGUGCACCAGUGACUUCUACGAAGGUCAGGGUCGGCUUGAUGGGGCUCUCUGCUCCUUCUCCACUGAGGACAAGCUGGAGUACUUAAGGAAAGCCUAUAACACAGGAGUCAGGAAUAUUGAGAUGGAGUCCACCGUCUUCGCAGCCAUGUGUCGUGCCUGUGCCAUCAAAGCGGCUGUCGUCUGUGUGACUUUGUUGAACCGUUUCGAUGGGGAUCAGAUCUCCACCCCUCAUGAUGUGCUAGUGGAGUACCAACAGAGACCUCAGGUUCUGGUGGCCCACUUCAUCAAGAAACGCCUGGGCCUCAUCGUCUAAAGCUCCCUCCGAUCACCUCUGCUGCCCAUGAACUGCACAUAGCUACAGCCUCGACUGUUACGUGGACAUACACGGAGUGUACAAAACAUUAGGAACUCCUUCCUAUUGAGUUUCACCCCUUUUUCCCCCUGACUGAAGUGGAUUUAACAGGUGACAUCAAUAAGGGAUCAUAGCUUUCACCUGGUCAGGCUGUCAUGGAAAGAGCAGGUGUUCUUAAUGACAUCAUUUUCUGGAGUUUUCCAAGCUGCACAGUCAACUUAGUGUAUGUAAACAUCUGACCCAGUGGAAUUGUGAUACAGUGAAUUAUAAGUGAAAUAAUCUGUAUGUAAACAAUUGUUGAAAAAAUGACCUGUGUCAUGCACAAAGUAGAUGUCUUAACCGACUUGCCAAAACUAUAGUUUGUUGACAAGAAAUGUGUGGAGUGGUUGAAAAACAAGUUUUAAUGACUCCAAACACAAGUAUAUGUAAACUUCCGACUUCAACUGUAUAUAUUGUGUUGCUUUUGACUACCUUGACUGUAGAUGAAAUUGUUGGUUUCUCUGUAACUACACGGGAACAGAAAUAUAAACGCAACCUGUAAAGAUCCCAGAAAUGUUCUAUAUGCACAAAAAGCUUAUUUCUCUAAUUGUGCUGGGGACAAUAAAAGGCCACUAAAAUGUGCAGUUUUGUCACACAACACAAUGCUACAGAUAUCGCACGUUUUGAGGGAGCGUGCAAUUGGCAUGCUGACUGCAGGAAUGUCAGCCAGAGCUGUUGCCACAAUUAAAUGUUUUAUCUACCAUAUACCGCCUCCAAUGUCAGUAUGUUCAACCGACCUCAACCGCAGGCCACAUGUAUGGCAUUGUGUGGGCGAAUGGUUUGCUGAUGUCAGCGUUGUGAACAGAGUGCCCCAUGGGGGGGUUAUGUUAUCGGCAGGCAUAAACUAUGGACAAUGAACACAAUUGCAUUUUAUCGAUGGCAAUUUGAAUGCACAGAGAUACCAUGAUGAGAUCCUGAAGCCUAUUGUCGUGCUAUUCAUCUGCCGCCAUCACCUCAUGUUUCAGCAUGAUAAUGCACAGCCCCAUGUUGCAAGGAUCUGUACACAAUUCCUGGAUUUGAAAAUGUCCCAGUUCUUCCAUGGCCUGCGUCCUCACCAGACAUGUCACCCAUUGAGCAUGUUUGGAAUGCUCAAGAUUGACGUGUACGACAGCGUGUUCCAGUUCCCGACAAUAUCCAGCAUCUUUGCACAGCCAUUGAAGAGGAGUGGGACAACAUUCCACAGGCUGCAAUCAGAAGCCUGAUCAACUAUGCAAAGGAAAUGUGUCGCGCUGCAUGAGAGAAAUGGUGGUCACACCAGAUACUGACUGGUUUUCUGAUCAACACCCCGACCUUUUUUUAAAGGUAUCUGUGACCAACAGAUGCAUAUCUGUAUUCCCAGUCACGGGAAAUCCAUAGAUUUGGGCCUAAUGAAUUUAUUUCAAUUGACUGAUUUAGUUACAGGAAUUGUAACUCAGUAAAAUCUUUGAAAUUGUUGCAUGUUGCGUUUCUAUUUUUGUUCAGUAUACCUGAUGACAUUAAGUCCUAUGACUUUUAAAAAUGUAAUAAGGAUUUAGAGAAAGAUGCUCUCUUCUGACUGUAAUUUAAUCAAAUGGCUCAGGAGUUAGGCACUGGCGUAGCGAAACUAUAUAUAGAAAUUGAAAUGCAUCUCUGACUUCAUUGUACCUGACAUUUUUAAAUCCGGAAUAAAUUCAGUUCAGGCCUGGCU